AACAACGUGAAACAACCUGAAACAACCUGAAACAACCUGAAACAACGUGAAACAACCUGAAACAACCUGAACCAACGUGAAACAACGUGAAACAACGUGUCUCCAGCUUCGGGAAGAGAUUCAGAUUCAGAUUCAGAUUAAAGAAACAUGCUCUUUAUCAGCCUCCUCUCCACCUCCCAUUUCUUGUGUUCGUUCAGGCCGGAAGUCCAUCGUUGGAAAAUAUAGUGGACGAUUUUCAAAAUAAAAUACUACGUGCUGUCUUUUACUUUGAAACAUCAGCAUGACGUAUCGGCUUCGCCACUGGCUCCGCUCGGCUUAGAAAUACUCAGCAUAAACCCUGCGGCAGGGUACGCGGCGACUCCUCUUCUCCCCCUCUCCACCUCCUCCUGGACGAGCAGCAGCAGCUGGAACCUGAACGAAGAUGAUGAACUCUGAGGAGGAAAUUAUGUUCAACCUGUGCAGUAAUUCGUCCUUUAACUAUGACAACUACACCGGCCAUAACCUGGUCUGCAACACCACGGUCUACAACAACUACACCAGCAUCGACGACGACAUCGAUGACUACGAAGUGUCCUCACCCUGUUCUCAUGACGACACCGACAGAACGAAGAUGGUUGUAGGGCCGUACAUCCACUCCAUCAUCUGUGUCCUGGGUCUGGUGGGGAACGGCCUGGUCAUCGUCACCUACGCCUGCUACAAGAGGACCAAGUCCAUGACGGACGUGUACCUGCUGAACGUGGCCGUGGCCGACCUGCUGUUCGUGGUGGUGCUGCCUCUCAUCGUCUACAACGAGCUGUCGUCGUGGUCCAUGGGCCGGGUGGCCUGUAAGCUGCUCCGAGGCUCCUACAGCAUCAACCUGUACAGCGGCAUGCUACUGCUAGCCUGCAUCAGCGCCGACCGCUACGUCGCCAUCGUCCAGGCUCGACGCAGCUUCCGCCUGCGCUCGCCCGCCUACAGCCGCCUCACCUGCGCCAUCGUCUGGACCGUCUCCAUCCUUGUGUCCAUCCCCACCAUCUGCUUCUAUGACUGGUACGUGCCAAGGCACAGCGGCAUCAACAACAGCAACAGCAGCGACAUCAACAACAUUAGCAACUCCUCCAUGGAGGACUCCCCCUCAUCCCCCGAGUACGUCUGUGCUUUCAAGUUCGAACACGACAAAUUAGAAGUGGUCAAGGCCAUCAAGGUGGUGGUGCCCAGCAUCCAGCUGGCCGUGGGUUUCUUCCUGCCACUCACCAUCAUGAUCGUGUGCUACUCCGCCAUCAUCGCCACACUGCUGAAACCCAGAAACUUCCAGCGGCACAAGGCGGUGCGGGUGGUGCUGGUGGUGGUGGCGGUGUUCAUCGUCUGCCACCUCCCGUACAACAUGGCGCUGCUGUACGACACCGCCUCGAUGUUCCGGCAGACAGAAUGCGUCAGGUCGGACAUGCAGCAGACGUCGCUCCUUGUCCUGGAGUCCGUGGCCUACCUGCACUGCUGCCUCAACCCGCUGCUCUACGCCUUCGUGGGGGUCAAGUUCAGGAACCAUUUCCAGAAGAUCUUCCAGGACCUGUGGUGUCUGGGGAAGAGGUACAUGGCCCCUCGCCGCUUCUCCAGGGUCACCUCCGAGGUCUACGUGUCCACCAUGUGCCGCUCGGUGGACGGGUCCAGUGACGCCGCCUCCUCCUUCACCAUGUGACGGUGCCAGAGACUCGUCUGGCAGUGAAACGCUUCUCAGAGGUUUAGAAAUUAAACCAAAAAAAAAAAAAAAAUCAAGUUUUUAUUUUUUCAUUUCAACUGUGAAGUACUCACGUCGCUGGCUUCAUGACGUCUCUUCCUCCUCUUCUUCUUCCUCUCUCUCCAUUUUCCUCUGUCUUUGUUGUACUUUUGUUUGUUAGAUUAGUUUAUUUUUGUAACAUGAAACAGUUUUAUAUCUUCAUCAAUAAUAAAUGUCUUUUCAGAUUCAAAGGCUUUUUAUUUUUUGAAAACGAUGCACCACAUGGACUGUGACUGAUAGAAUCUGAUUCCUGUGCUGCCAUCUAGUGGUCUAAUGGUGGUACUACAGAUAAUAAACACAACAGUCAUCUUGUAGUGAAACUAGAGAAGCUAGUUUUUCUAUUGAUACCUAGCAUCACAUAGCUGGAACUAACCAGUUAGCCUCAGUUAGCCUCAGCUAACAGAGAAAACACACAAACUUUAAAUGUCUUUGAAUGAGUUUCUUCUUCUGUUUUAAUAUUUCAUCAAAUCCCAAAAGAAAUGGAGCUGAUCUAGUUUUUAUUAUCAUCUGGGUCCUUCAGAGUCUAUCUGCAUGAUUCCACAUCAGCUAUGAACCACAUGGAGACUGGACUCAUAGAAUCUGAACCUUUAGUCUCCACCUAGUGGUCUAAUGGUGCUACUACAGAUAAUACACACAAUGCAGCCAUCUAGUAGUGAAGG